CUUCUCUAUGGCUCGAGCAACCUGGCCCAGCCUGCCACAGGCCGAGGGGCCAGCGGAGGGAUGAGCGCUCGUGUCCGCAGCCUCUCGAGGUCCAGGGUGAAGCCCGGCGAGCUCCCGCCCGCGGCCGUGAAGCACGUGGCCAAGAAGGCAGACGGCCCAGUGCUGCUGGACCCAAGCUUCUCGACCAUCGGCCUGGUGAAGAAGUACUACCAGAGCUUCGUUGCCGACAGCCCGCUUGCCUUCGCCUGGGCGCUCACUCGCCCCGACGGCGCCGUCUUCCGCGGCCGGGUGCCCGUCUUCGCGGAGGACGCGCCAGGCGCCAAGAUGUCCGUCUACCUCGUGGGCGCGCUCAUCCAGGAGAUGGUCUGGCAGCGCAGCGGCUCGAGCCUCGCGCUGUGCGGCCCGCCGUCGAUGAGCCACGCCCUCGCGGCCGCCUUCUCGCCCGGAGGGCAGUACGACUUCGAGGUCGCGGCGAUGCCCGUGGUGAAUGGCACCCAGGGCGAGCCCUUCGAGGUCACCGUCGUCGAGGAGGAGGCCGCGCUGCCAGCCGCCAGGGCUCCCAGCGGCCAG